CAGUGUACUUGUACCCAAGUUUAUAAAGGGUGACUUGGUGACAGGAUACCAACCUUAUUGCAAUUAUUUUGGAGAGUUUUUCACAAAUGUUGAAAAACUGUACAAACCAUUUUUUCCAUACCAAGUCCAAACGGUAGAUGCAGCCAACUGCGAUCUUUACAUGCAAGACGUGAAUAUUGUUGAAGGACGCCUAAAAGUCACAGUGGUCGAGUGCAGCAGGUUAUUUAUCCUGGGAUCAUAUGACCGAACUGAACACAUUCACUGUACCCUGGAGUUGAGCACCAAGAUUUGGAAGGAAAAACCUAGAAGCUCCAUCAAAACGGUUGAGCUAAUUAAGGGAAAUUCACAGAGCGUUGGACUGACUUUUCGCCAAAUCCAAGGCAGUGAUGGAGAUGCAGUACAUGUUAGUGUUGAAACUGUUACUCCUAACUCAUCAGCUGCAGCUGCUGACCUCCAGAAGGGAGAUCGUCUCAUUGCAAUUGGAGGAGUCAAGGUGACAUCCUCUGUGCACGUUUUGAAGCUUAUAAAGCAAGCUGGUGACAAAGUAAUGGUUUACUAUGAGAGGCCUGUUGGUGGACAUCAGAAUCAACAAUGUAAUUCUCUCCAAGAUAACUUUGGCCAACUUGAGGACACAGGCUUCGGUUCACAGUUUGGUCCACAAACAUUCGAUGAUGAAGGUGUUUUAGACAGUACGGAUGCUAAAGACUUGGAUUCUGAAUUUGAAGAAUUAGUAUGCCCUGAAAUCAAGCCACCACCCACAAUAAUAAAGGAGGAUUUUGCACCAAGUAAUCAAAGUCCAAAGCGCUCAGUAGCUACACUUGCUGCAAAACCUUUGGGAACCAUAUCUCCUAUUCUGAAUCGCAAGUUAAAUUUGGGCAAUUAUCAGAUUCCCCUGAAACCACAGCAAAAAGAUGCGGUUAAAUCUGUUCAGUCGAAGUGUCCAGAUAUCCCUGAUGCACAACAGCCUAGUAAACCAGUAUCAGGAUCCACAAAUAAACCUCCUGUGCCCCCAAGACCCCAAAUUAAGCUUACUUUGGCUUCCUGUGAAACCCAAUACCAGCUUGAAUCAGGCGAUGUUGCUACCGAAAAACUUGACAAACCAAUUCCUUCCACCAACAGUGCAGAGAGAAAUGUGGAAAAGAGUAUAGGCAAAAUUGGGGACCAAAAUGAAGAUCCAUCACUAUCCAAGUCAGCUAUAAAUAAACAAGAUUGCAAGGAAAAAGUUCCAGAAGCUACUUGCAAUAUGCGUGAAGGAGCAGAAGAUAACCAAAUCUGGGAAUCGUCAGAGGUCAUCUACCGCAAGAGGUUUGGAAAGUGGAACAAGGCAACAUGUGUUUUUGAGGUUGAAAGCCACCAUAAGUAUGUCAAUGUCGCAAUCUGGUGUAAAGAACCCUUUAAAUCGGGUGGACUUAUUUGUUUAGGCCAUGCAAGUAUAAAACUUGAAGAGAUAGCAAUGGAAUGUCUUUCUACAGCCUCACUGGAGUAUCAGGCAACUUUCAGGCUAAGUGCUCCUGAACCAAAAGCUGCUGUCAGUAGGACUGCACUACGAAAUCUAAGCACUCAUAAGGGAUUCAAUGAGAAACUGUGCUAUGGUGACAUUACAUUAAAUUUUACAUAUCUAAAAGAAGGUGAUACAGAAAACUCUAGUGUUCAAGUAGAAAAGGAAAAGGAAGAUAUUUUACAGGAGGAUAUUCCUACUUUCAGUAAGGAGGAUCUUAGUAAGUUAUGCACAGAGAAGAGGCAUAAUUUCCAAGAUACUCAAUUUCAGAACCCAACUUGGUGUGAUUACUGUAAAAAGAAAGUCUGGACCAAAGCGGCUUCUCAAUGCAUGAUAUGUGCAUUUGUUUGCCAUAAAAAGUGCCAGGACAAAUGUCUAGCAACAGAGCCUCCCUUUUCAGUUGCACCAGAAAGAAGAGUUGACUUGGAAUCAAAGUCAUCCUUUAACAGGUCUACUGGAUUAACACGACAUAUCAUUAAUACUAGUUCACGCUUGCUGAACCUAAGGCCAGGGCCCAGAGCUCGCCUUGCUGACCCUGGUGUCGAUUUGGUAGAGCCAUCUCCAAAACACACUCCAAACACCUCAGACAAUGAAAGCAGUGACACAGAGACUUACAGUGCCAGCAGUCCUUCCAAAAGACAAGCUGCUAGCACGGGAACCAAGUUACCAGUUAAGAAAGAAGGUGGUCUUGAUGAUAGUGUAUUUAUUGCUGUUAAAGAGAUUGGCCGGGAUCUGUAUCGAGGAUUACCAACAGAUGAACGCUGCCAAAAACUCGAAUUGAUGUUGGACAAGCUACAAAAUGAAAUAGACCAGGAACUAGAACACAAUUAUGCUUUAAUCAAGGAAGAGAAGGAGAGCACAGAUCCGAGAAAGAAGUUGCUCCUGUCUGCUGCCCUUUCAAAGUCAGGUGAACGACUUCAAGCUCUCACGCUGCUUACAAUCCAUUAUAAAGCAGGGUACGAGGAUUUAGAAUUAAGUGAGGGUGUAUCUUCAGAACAGCAAACAAGAAAGGUCACAAAGCUUUCGGAUGACAUCUUAUCUAUAACAGCAGAUGAAAUUGACAUUGCCAGUCAGACAGAUGUGCAGUCAUUUACUGAUGUAUCAAAUGAGCAAAUUAUUGAUGAUGCUGAAUCCCUUUCAUGAUUUCAUUUCAAUUUCCUGAUGAUUGUACUGAACCAAAUUUACUAUUUUGUUGAUUUUCCUCCUUGCUUCUGUGCAAUAAUGCAAUUGUUCUUCUGUCUUGUGAUUUUGACUUUUAAUGUGACUACAGUGUCAACAAACAACACAGCCAGUUCUAUGACUUCCUCUUCCCCGUUACAGAAGUUUUUUAGUGAGAUAUAUUUAAAUUAAUUCUUUUGGUGAUGGUACUCUGCAGAUGAGUCCACAAUAUGUCGGGAAGAUGGAUUUGAAGUCUCUUUUGGGACCAUGUUUUAAAAUUUGAAUCAUGUCAUAAACCUGUAAUUCUUUAAGUUCACCUCUUUUUGUUCUUUGCAUAGAUAUUUCUUUGCCAAAUGUGUAUCAACAUAGCAAACUGUGUGGUGAGCUUUUGUGUCUAUUAAAGGUAUUUUAGUAAAGCUGAGUUUGCUAGUAUAUAUGUUGUUUCUUUACAGAUAUUUGGAAUUUAAGGGAUGACUAUUUGGAACCUCAAAUGCUUGUGCAAGGGUGCAAAAAUGCACUGACAUUUUUGUCCUUAUUGAAACAGUAAUGUGUAUUAUGAAGAGAUGUCUACUGACAUUAUACUACAGUAUGUAUUGCAUGGUAAAACAUUCAGCAAGGUUUACUACGCAGACCUGCAGAUAGUUAAAUUUUGAUAGAAUGUGACAAUUCAAAUCGACUUACCAACUUGUAAUUUUUGCACAUGAAGGAAAAAUAAAAGUUGUUACUGAAGCAGAGAAAGUAACACUAAUUAAUUUGCAAGGUUUCCGGUUUGGAUAAUUGAACCCUAGUGUUCCCCACCUCUACCACAGCAAAGUGGAGAGUUGGGUGUCUAGAACAUUAGCACUGCCCAAUAAAUAUGAUAUUGAAACA